AUGGCCGAGAUUACACAGAAUAGUGAUUUGGCUGGCUUGUGCCGUGAAGAGGAUAUGCACCAUUUCAUCUGGAACACACUCAGCUGGGGAGAGAAAUCCCAUGAGCAAUUCUCUGUCAGCACAGAUAGCGCUUCCUCCUAUGAAGACCACACGGAUGGUCAGACAUAUCAAAAUGAAGAUGAGGUGCCAAUCUGCAGCGACUUGACCAUUGCACCCGAGGAUAUCAAGUCCGGUGUCCGGCUGACGGAUGCUAAUGUGUUUCGGAUUCGAACAACCUUACAUGGUGACAAACAAAAGGAAUGGCCCCAGAGGUGGCCAUAUGAUUUCAUGACGGAUGGAGAUAUCGUUUCCACCAGACGACCUAUUGGGAAGGGUGUUGUCAUCAACGUGGGAGGCAUGGGCUUUUACCCGAUAUUCCGUGGGUACAUCGCGCUCUGCGGUGAACAGGCAGGUCGUUACACCUCGCGAGUCGGUCCGAAGAAGGCGACCCGUAAUGCUCUCUACCGCGGAUUUCGAGUUGGACAGUUGUUGGCUAUGCCGGAUGAUUUCCAUGAAAAUCCUGCUAUGUACGAUCUGAGUGUUUUCGGCGACAGUACGAGCGGCAACGCUGUGAAAUAUGUCUACCACCCGACAGAUCGUGUUGGUCUGUUCGAGAGCGGACAGCUCAAGCUAGCUCCUUUAUCUGCUUUCACCGGAUUUACACCUGUCAUUCAUGCAAAGAGCCAGUUCCGGUUUACAGGCGAAGAGACGACUGGACUGACAGGGGAUGACUUUAAUUGGCUUCUGGAACAGGAGUGCAAGGGAAAGUUGAAACCCAUUCAAAGACCAACUCCCUCAGAAUUGAUUGAGCCAUCAGAUACUGGCGAUUUGGAGGAAAAGCAUGACCAGGAACUGAUCGCACAGAAAUCUUCAAACCCCGAGAACUCGGAUGACGAUUCUCAGUCCGUUGAUGAUAAAUCUUUGCAGGUGAAAACAUCGAUUGGGGUCGUUGCCCCCAACGUCUUAGCAGCACAGACAUCUUCGCCUGUUUGUUCGACUGCGUCCCAGUCGUUCCUUUCCAGCAAGUAUGGACGAGCUCGAAAGGAGAUAAAAAAGCUCUACCGCGGGUACAAGCGCCUCAUGAGCAAGAGAAAACGCCAGAAAGCCCGAGAGAUCAUGAAGUUAGCCGACAUAAGCGAUAAAAUUGCAGCAGCAAAGGAAUUGCUGAGUAUUGAAAACGCUGCUGAAAUCAUUGCUGCGCACAAAGCUCUGAAGGGCUUAGAAGUCGAGUACGGCAGGGUGUCCACGGGUAUCCAGGGAUGGCUAAAGCCAAAGAGAAACUCCAUGGGACAACAAUUGUACAACGAGAUGUUCCAGACUGCGAAGGCACCUGAUGAUGACCAUAACAGACUGGUGGAAAAGAUAACUAUCAAGGAGGAGCCCAUUUGA